AUGGAGAAAUUAGAAGGUGCACAGGAGAUUGGGAGCUCCUGCAGCAGGUCUUUCAGGCUGCGAAGCCCCAGCCUGAACAAAGUUCGGCUUCGGAGGAUAUUUGACUUGUUUGACAAGAACAAAGACUCCAUCCUUACCAUAGACGAGCUCAGCCACGCGCUAGCCGUCCUCGGCCUCCAAACGGAUGUUGAGCCGAUGGUGCAGCCUUAUAUCCAAUCAGGUAAACACGGCCUUACCUACCAAGACUUUGAGGCUCUCCACUCAUCCCUAAAUCGUGCCUUCUUCCCCGAAUUAGAAUUAGACGAUGCUGCUCAUAACAACAACUCUGAGUCUGAGUCUGAUCUUUGUGAGGCAUUCAAGGUGUUUGAUGAAGAUGGUGAUGGGUUCAUAUCCGCAAGGGAGCUACAAGCUGUGUUGGCCAAGUUGGGGUUAUUGGCCGACCCUCGCGUAGGAUCGGUUGAGCUCAUGAUUUCUUCAGUCGAUCAGAAUCACGAUGGCCUUGUCGACUUAUUUGAGUUCAAGGAUAUGAUGCGCAAUCUUAUUAUUUAA